AUGGCCACCAAAGGCCUCAAGGCCAUCGCGCCAGUCCCUACUGCCGCUGAUUUCUUGGACAUCGUGCUCUCCAAAACACAGCGUAAGACGCCUACCGUCAUCCACAAAGGGUUCAAGAUCAGUCGAAUCAGAUCGUUUUAUAUGAGAAAAGUCAAAUUUACUCAAGACUCAUUCGAUGAAAAGUUAGAAGCUAUCUUAUCAGAAUUCCCAAUCCUUGAUAAUUUACAUCCAUUCUUAUCAUCAUUACUCAACAUCCUCUAUGAUAAAAAUCAUUACAAAUUGGCCCUCGGUCAAUUAAAUACCGCCAAACAUUUAAUCGAUCAAGUUGGAAAAGAUUAUUGUAGAUUACUGAAAUUUGGAGAUAGUUUGUAUCGAUGUAAACAAUUGAAAAAAGCCGCACUCGGAAGAAUGGCGACGAUCAUGAGACGACAGAAAGAACCUUUGGCUUAUCUAGAACAAGUCAGACAACACAUGUCUCGUUUACCGACCAUUGACCCCACCACUCGUACACUGUUGAUAUGCGGAUAUCCAAACGUUGGAAAAUCGAGUUUUAUGAAUAAGGUCACCAGAGCGGACGUUGACGUCCAACCGUAUGCAUUCACCACCAAAAGUUUAUUUGUUGGUCACAUGGAUUACAAGUAUCUAAGAUGGCAAGUCAUCGAUACUCCCGGAAUUCUAGAUCACCCGUUAGAUGAGAUGAAUACGAUCGAAAUGCAGUCAAUCACCGCCAUGGCUCAUUUAAGAUCGUGUAUUCUGUACUUUAUGGAUCUUUCGGAACAAUGUGGAUAUACCGUCGAAGCUCAGUGUCAACUAUUCCAAUCUAUUAAGCCUCUGUUCGCCAACAAGCCUAAAUUCAUAGUCGUCAACAAGAUCGACGUAUGCAAGAUCGACGAUUUAGAACCCGAGCGUCGUCAGAUGAUUGAGGAAAUCAUCUCUCAAGAGGAUAUUCAACUCUUACAAGUGUCCUGUUUCAGUGAGGAAGGUGUGAUGGAGGUUCGGAAUCAGGCAUGCGAUGCUCUCUUAGCCCAUCGAGUCGAGGCCAAGGAAGCAACCAAGAGAGUCGAGAAUGUUGCCAACCGUAUCCGGGUAGCCAUGCCCGUCAAACGAGACGACGUGGAGCGAAAGCCGUUCAUUCCAAAAGGCGCUGUUGAACGGAAGAAAUACGACGCAAAUGAUCCCGACCGUAUCAUCUUGGAGAAAGAUCUGGAGGCUCAAAGUGGUGGCCCAGGUGUAUACUCUGUUAAUCUCAAGAAAUCCUACUUACUCGAAAAUGAAGAUUGGAAACAAGACAACAUACCCGAGAUUAUCAAUGGUAAAAAUAUUGCAGACUUUGUUGAUCCGGAUAUUCUAACCAAACUCGAAGAGUUGGAGCUAGAAGAGGAAAGGCUGGAGGCUGAAGGGUUCUAUGAAUCGGACAACGAGGAGUAUGAAGAUCUCAAUUCGGAUCAAGAAGAAGCUAUUAAAGUCACUGCCACUUCUAUCCAAGCCCAAAAGAAGAUGAUCAGAUCGGAUCAUGCAAGGAGAAGUCACCAGAAUCUCAACCGAGCAGUCAUCGCUAGACCGGACCGACCAGCGAUGAAAUUGAGUGACAUGUUAGGACGAAUGAAGAAAUCUGGGAUCGAGACUGAGAAGCUAGAGAAACGAGCGGAGCUGUUAGCGAAAGCGAAACGAUUAGCCUACGAAGCCUCGACUCAAGACAAGAAGCAGAAGAAGAGGAAAGCGGGCGAGGAUGGGGAUGCGAUGAACAUCGAUGGCGACGAAGAAGCUUGGACUUCGCAAGAUGAUGGCGAUGAUGGGAACGAGGACGAUGCGAUGGAUGUGGAUGGUGAAAGUAGUGGAAAGAGGAAGAAGAUGAAAGGCGAUCAUGGUAGUUUCAAAGUCAAGUUGGGUGGCCGAAUCGAUCCUAAACGUGAGCCCGUCAAAGAUCGUCGGGUUGCUGGUAUCGGUAGACCCAGUGAAGAGGUCAAGGCUAGAAAACUCCAAUUGCUUCAAAGAAGAGGGCCUAAUCGUUUGGCUAAGGCUGGCGAAGCCGAUCGUCAUAUCCCUACUAAAAUGCCCAAACAUUUGUUUGCCGGUAAGCGGAAAUCAGGAAAGACCAAUCGCCGUUAA